UUCGCAGACUUUUUUUGGCUUUCUUUCGUUGUUACGGCUUGGCAGUGUUUUCCGAAAAGAGAUCGAGGCAUUCAGAAUUCAGACUUUUUUUUCACUGCGGUGGUCAGCGUUUACGGUAUCUAACAAAGCGAAUUCUGUCCAGUUUUGGCAAUUCAGCAAGCCCUACAUUUGCCCGGCGGAAGUAACCACUAUGGAUGACGGAAGAGAAGAGCAUCAAUUUGUCGUGGAUGAUGUGAGUAAAAUUAUCAAGGAAGCUAUUGAGACUACCAUCGGAGGCAAUGCGUAUCAAAAUGACAAAGUGAACAACUGGACAGGGUCGGUGGUGGAAACGUGCCUCAGUGUGCUGACGAAACUGCAAAAACCCUACAAAUAUAUCGUUACCUGUAUGAUCAUGCAGAAAAACGGUGCUGGACUGCACACGGCUAGCUCUUGCUUCUGGAACAACGAAACGGACGGCUCCUGCACGGUACGUUGGGAAAAUAAGACGAUGUACUGCAUCGUGUCGGUGUUUGGACUGUCCAUUUAAUCUUAGUGGCCGUUAUUCAUUGUCGCUCCGGAAUGAUUCCUCUACCGAAGGGAUGUUAAUUGACUUUAUUGACUAAACGCUGAUAAGCUGAUAAAUUAGCUUCCGCUUCCUUUUGGCAUAUUCGCAGAUCGUGUUAUUGGAUUUUUAUGUUCCAUAUUAAUAUUCAUAAUAACUAUCAUCACUAUUCAUAUGCCAAUUAAUAGAAGACGAUUGAUUAUGAAGAUACAUAUUUAGUUGUCGUAAAUAAUUUAAAAAAUGUCGUCCGUUGAAACGAUAAUAUAUGUAUAGGAAAUGGGUUCGUUCCCAUUCACUAAAUUACCAAAAUACUUAUUGGAAUAUGUAUUCUCUCAUAACCGUAUUCCGCUAACAGUUCUUUAAAAGCAAGAAAAUGUAUUUAUCUACUAUGAAAAAAAUAUGAUAAAUUGAAAAAACACUUGUAAAGUAGGAUGAAGAUAAAAUGGGCCUUGGAAACGAACGAACGAUUCAACUCAAUUGAUAAAAACUGGUAAGAGUGAAUAUUAGAGGUUAUGAUGACGAGCAUGCAGGACAGAUGUGUGUGAAUUUAGAAAUUUAUUGGAAAGUAGCUGUUUCCACUUCAGUUUUUUGUAAUAAAAAAAAAAUAAAAAUGAGAACUGUGCUUAUUGGAAGGAAUGCAUGUGUUGAUGUUAAAAUAAAGUAAGAUUAUAGGUUUAACAAAAUAAAUCAAAA